UUCUGGCCCUUCAGUUGCUCCCACAUCUGGCUCUCCUUCAUUUCCUGUUGGCCCAUCACCUGCUCCCGCCCCUGGUUCUCCUUCAUUUCCUGUUGGCCCUUCACUUCCCCCGCCCCUGGCUCUCCUUCAUUUCCUGUUGGUCCUUCACGUGCUCCUGCCCCUGUUUCUCCUUCAUUACCUGCCGGCCCUCCCAGUGGAAGAAAGAAAUCGAAGAAUUUAAGGGUGAAGUUAUAUGUUGUUGGUGCUGCCAUAGCGACUUUUCUAGCAGCUCUUGGAUUACUUUUCGGGUGUUGCAAAUUGCGAAAGAGAAAAGGCAACCUUAGAAAAUUCAUGGGUCCAGAAAGGCUAGAUCUUGAUGACAGAGGGGAUGAUGAAUCACUGUUCUUCAGUUUUACAAGCAUAGAAGUUGCCACAGAUCAUUUUUCUGAGGAAAACAAACUUGGUCAAGGAGGAUUUGGUCCUGUCUACAAGGGUAAACUGGUUAACGGGCUAGAGAUUGCAGUUAAAAGAUUGAAUAGAAUGUCAGGACAUGGAAUACAACAAUUCAAGAAUGAAGUCAAAGUGAUCUCAAAGCUGCAACAUCGAAACCUUGUUAGACUUUUGGGCUCCUGCAUUGAGAAAGAAGAGCGUUUAUUGGUAUACGAGUACUUGCCGAAUAACAGUCUGGAUUCAGUACUUUUUGAUGCAGCAAAGCGGAAUAUAUUGGAUUGGAAAAGAAGGAAGAAAAUCAUUGAAGGGGUCGCUCAGGGGCUUUUGUACCUUCACAAGUAUUCUAGAUUAAAGAUCAUCCACAGAGAUCUGAAAACGAGCAAUGUUUUAUUGGACGCGGACCUGAAUCCCAAAAUUUCAGAUUUUGGAACCGCCAGAAUUUUUGGAGAGAAUGAAAUGCGCGGAAGUACAUUGAACAUUGUUGGGACAUAUGGUUAUAUGUCUCCUGAAUACGCCAUGGACGGGAUUUACUCUGAGAAGUCCGAUGUAUUUAGCUUUGGAGUCAUGAUUCUUGAGAUCAUAACUGGAAAGAAGAACACUUCGUUCUACGAUUCGGAUCGUCACCUGAACUUAAUAGGACAUGUCUGGGAUCUAUGGACAGAAGGAAGAAUUUCAGAAAUCACAGAUUCUUGUUUGGAUGAAACGAUCUCAACAAGCGAAGCACUAAAAUAUGUUCACGUUGGUUUAUUGUGUGUGCAAGAAAAAGCAGCAGAUAGACCAACAAUGUCAGAUGUGGUAUCUAUGCUCCUCAAGGAAUCAAUGGCUCUUGCCACUCCAAAGCGACCUGCUUUUGCUGAAAUUAUGACUCUUAACAAUACCAAGUUACCUCAAAAUCCAGAAUCUUGUUCUUUGAACGAGGUCACAAUUUCAGAUGUGCAGGGUAGAUGAUUAUUUCUUGGCCAGGCGUAUAUUUUCUUGCAGGGUAGAGAAAGGUGGGAAGCCGGCUGUAUCCUCAAGUUAGGGGUGGCCAUUGGAGA